CCAUUGGCUGCUCGGCGAAGCCCGGUCUCCGGGUAAGAUGGCAGCGGACGGACAGUGCUCGCUCCCCGCUUCAUGGCGGCCGGUGACCCUCACCCACGUCGAAUAUCCUGCAGGUGAUCUCUCUGGCCACCUCCUUGCCUACCUGAGCCUCAGUCCCAUAUUUAUCAUUGUUGGUUUUGUGACCCUCAUCAUAUUCAAGAGGGAGCUGCACACGAUCUCGUUCCUCGGGGGCCUGGCACUGAAUGAGGGGGUCAACUGGCUGAUCAAACACGUCAUCCAGGAGCCACGGCCCUGUGGAGGCCCCCACAUGGGAGUGGGCACCAAAUACGGGAUGCCCUCCAGCCAUUCCCAGUUUAUGUGGUUCUUCUCCGUCUAUUCCUUCCUUUUCCUGUAUUUAAGAAUGCACCAAACGAACAACGCCAGAUUCCUGGACUUGCUCUGGAGGCACGUGCUCUCCCUGGGGCUCCUCACCAUGGCCUUUCUAGUCUCCUACAGCAGGGUCUACCUGCUGUAUCACACCUGGAGCCAGGUCCUCUAUGGGGGCAUUGCUGGAGGCCUCAUGGCCAUUGCCUGGUUCGUCUUCACCCAGGAGGUCCUCACCCCACUGUUUCCUAGGAUAGCAGCCUGGCCUGUCUCUGAGUUCUUCCUAAUCCGCGACACGAGCCUCAUUCCCAACGUACUCUGGUUUGAGUACACAGUAACCCGGGCAGAAGCCAGGAACAGACAACGCAAGCUGGGGACCAAAUUGCAGUGACCGGUGAGUGUGGCCGGGUCCAACCUCCAGAUCUGGCCUGCACGAUGCGCCUUGCAGGAUGGAUGGAAUGACAGACAGAGGGACAAGGCAGAGACCUCUACAGAUCCAAGUCACCAAGUGGAGCCUUUUUUUUUUUCUUAUUUUAAUUUUAAUGAACAAGGUGGACCAAAGGGCUGAGCCAGCCCCUCAACCAGGACCCUGAAGGGCCUGCUGCCAGGGGACCUCACGGCCUGAGACUCUCGCUGCGCUGCCAGCUCCCGGUCGGGCGGAAAGUGCCCUUGGCUUGGGCACCAGGGCGUGGGGUAGAGAAGGAGGGCUUGCACCCCUGGGUCCCAGGGCCAGGAAAUCCAGGUGGCGUGAAAAAUACAAACUAUUUAUUUUUUGGUUUUGUCAAAAGCAAACGGGAUUUUGGAGAUGGGGCCGGAAGAGCCUGCUCUGCGGUGGCUGCCCUAUGUACGGAGGGGCCCAGGUCAGCUUCCCAGGCCCUUGGUCCGGGCCCCAGGGGGCAGAUCCUCUCUCCCUGGGCCCAAGAGGUGGCCUGGGGGCCCCGGAGGAGGGAGCACGCCACACCCUCCCUGCCGCCAAUGCCAUUCCAGAACCUCGUUCAGUGUUUCCUGUGUGGGGGCCGGGCCCAGAGAGCGCGCGCAUCUGGCGGCUGCUGUUGUGUUCUGUCCACAUUGACCCUGCACCACAAGGGCUUUCUCUGGUCCCCUGUCCCCAAGACAGUGGUCCCUUUCUGACAAAAGAGCCUGCACAUGUGGGUGAGCAAACCCAAGCUGUUUACAGCUCUUUUCUGUCCUGCCAUCUGGUAGCGGUUCGCCUUCAUCUCCACCUGAACAAAAUGCAGAGGAACCAGGAGCCGGUGAGAGGAGGGGGCCCGUGGGUGCCUGCUGGCCCGGCCCCUCCCUCUCCUCUGUGCUCUGAACAUUCAUUGUCCUUCCCUGCCUGGCUCCGAGCUGCUGGGAACCUGCUCGAGUCGCCCCGAGCCUGUGUUGGGUGUGGGGGCUUACAGAGCCCCACUGCCCAGCUCGGAGGAUGGCUCCUCCCAGUCUCAAAGUCGCUUUGAAAUGGAGUUUCAAAUGGAGUGGAGGAGAGAUGCUUCCAGACUCGGAAGCUUCUAGAACUGAACCAGGCUGCUUGGGACCUGUGUUCGAAUCCCCCCUCACCCCACCCUGCCUUUUCUUUGUGGAGGUUCCUAAUCUGCUGCUGAAGCACAAUAUUUUGGUGCUUUCUUUUCUCAUUUGUUAAAGACAGUGUCCAAAGCCAUUCCAGAUGCCAGGACCAGGGGCCUAUUUCUGGGGAAGGUUGGUCAGUGUCCACAUUUUCCUUUCCUUCCCUUCUUAUUUUUGUUUUUUACUUUUGGCCUGAGACAAGCCAAGUGUGAGGUGGUUUGACAUAAGAAAAAUCAAAUUGUUUACUAUUGUUUUAAAAUAAAAUCUUGAACUCUG